AUGUCAUUUGCCGUUUCUCAAGUAGCAACCAAGCCGUUCACCGACCAGAAGCCUGGAACCUCUGGGCUCCGGAAGAAAGUGAAGGUGUUUCAGCAGGAAAAUUACACCGAGAACUUCAUCCAAGCAGUGUUCGAUGCCAUUCCAGAAGGCGCUGAGGGCUCCACGUUGGUUGUUGGAGGAGACGGAAGAUACUACAAUGACCACAUUGUCCAGGUGAUUGCCAAGAUCGGUGCCGCUAACAAAGUCAAGAAGCUGAUCAUUGGUCAGAACGGUAUUCUGUCCACUCCCGCUGCCUCUUUGAUCAUCAGAACAUACGCUCAGGGAAUCACUGGAGGUAUCAUUUUGACCGCCUCCCACAAUCCAGGUGGACCAAACCACGAUUGCGGAAUUAAGUAUAAUCUCGGAAAUGGAGGCCCUGCUCCGGAGUCCGUCACCAAUAAGAUUUACGAGGCCUCUUUGAAGCUCGAGUCCUACAAGAUCAUCAAGGAUCUGCCCGAGGUCGAUCUGGCCCAAAUUGGAACCAAGUCGUACGGUCCUUUGGAGGUGGAAAUCAUCGACUCCACGGCUGCUUAUGUCACCAUGAUCAAGGAGAUCUUUGAUCUCGACUUGAUCAAGUCAUUUAUUGCCAAGAAAUCUCCUCAAGGAUUCAAGAUUCUGUUUGAUGCAUUGAACGGCGUGACUGGUCCGUACGGAAAGGCUAUUUUUGUCGACGAGCUUGGUCUACCAUUAUCUUCGAUCCAGAACUACGUCAACAAGCCCGACUUUGGUGGAUUGCACCCAGACCCUAAUCUCACGUACGCCAAGACUUUGGUGGACAGAGUCGACUCGGAGAACAUUGCCUUUGGCGCAGCCUCGGACGGUGACGGAGACAGAAACAUGAUCUACGGCGCGGGAGCCUUUGUCUCGCCUGGAGACAGUGUGGCAAUCAUUGCCGAGCACGCCAAGAGCAUUCCGUAUUUCAGAAAGAACGGUGUGCACGGACUUGCCAGAUCGAUGCCAACGUCCGGUGCACUGGACCUGGUCGCCAAGGCCCAAGGCUUGAACGUGUACGAGGUUCCAACGGGGUGGAAGUUCUUCUGUGCUCUGUUUGAUGCCAAGAAGCUGUCCAUUUGCGGAGAAGAGUCGUUUGGCACUGGAUCCGACCACAUCCGGGAGAAAGACGGGUUGUGGGCCAUUGUUGCAUGGCUGAACGUUCUGGCUGCGUUUGAGAAAGAACACCCAGACGUGGACCCUUCCAUCGCCAACAUCCAGACCUCAUUCUGGAAGAAGUACGGAAGAACGUUCUUCACCAGAUAUGACUACGAGGACUGCGACAGCGCGGACGCUUCGAAGGUGAUUGACUUUUUGCAGGCCAAGGUGGACGAAGGAGCCGCUUUCGUGGGCACCCAAAUCGGUUCGUCUGGCAAGGUUGUCGAGUCAGCCAACUUCUCGUACACCGACCUGGACGGCUCUGUUUCGAGCAAACAGGGGCUCUACGUCAAACUGGACUCUGGUCUUCGGUUCGUGGUAAGAUUGUCUGGAACUGGUUCGUCCGGAGCCACCAUCAGACUGUAUUUGGAGAAACACUCGUCGGACAUCUCCGAUUCGAACCUGGCCAAGUCCGCGUCCGAGUUCCUGGGCCCAGACGUGACCAGCGUGGUCAAGUUCCUCAAGUUCCAAGAAUACAUCGGCAAGGAAGAGCCAGACGUCAGAACAUGA